CGAAGGACUGCUGUUCUGGUGAAAAUGGCAAUAUUUUGUGAGAAAGCUGACAACGUGGUUUUCAAAAUCUGAAAUUGAAUUGGCAAAAGUCCUCCCCCGACCCUCUUCCUCUCACCAUGAGCUCCUGGGUUGUGAACAGGAAAGGAGAGCCAAAGUACCGCCGGCACUUCCUGACAGACAACAGCAACUUUCAUGUGGAGCGAUGCAUGAGCGUGAUGCAGUCCGGGACACAGAUGGUGAAGCUGAAGGCAGGAUCUAAAGGGCUGGUGAGACUGUUCUACCUGGAUGAUCAUCGCUCCUGCAUUCGCUGGAAGCCCUCACGCAAGAGUGAGAAGGCCAAGAUCACCAUUGAUUCUCUCUACAAAGUGACAGAGGGAAGUCAAUCGGACAUCUUCCAUCGGCACGCAGACGGCAGCUUUGACCCGGCCUGCUGUUUCACAGUGUACCAUGGAAACCACAUGGAGUCCCUUGAUUUGGUGACGUCGAAUGCAGAAGAGGCCAGAACCUGGAUAACUGGCCUCCGCUACCUGAUGGCCGGCAUCAGUGAUGAGGACUCGCUGGCGAAACGACAGCGUACACACGACCAGUGGCUGAAGCAGACAUUUGAGGAGGCAGAUAAGAACGGAGACGGUCUCCUGAACAUUGAAGAGAUCUACCAACUUCUCCACAAGUUGAAUGUCAAUAUGCCACGCAGGAAGGUCAAACAAAUGUUUCAGGAAGCAGACACAGACGAUCGGCAGGGCACGCUGACAUACGAGGAGUUCUCCGUCUUCUACAAGAUGAUGUCUCUGAGACGGGACCUGUUCCUGCUGAUGAUGGCGUACAGCGACAGGAAGGAUCACCUAACAGUGGAGGAGCUGGCCAACUUCCUGCACAUCGAGCAGAAGAUGGCCAAUGUGACUCCAGAGUAUGUUGCAGAAAUCAUUGAAAAGUUUGAGGUGUCUGAUGAGAAUAAACAAAGUGGCGUCUUGGGGAUUGAUGGUUUUACAAGUUUCAUGCGCAGUCCACCGUGUGAUAUUUUCAACCCUUUGCACCACAAGGUGAAUCAGGACAUGGAGCAGCCUCUGUGUAACUACUUCAUUGCCUCCUCUCAUAACACAUACCUGACUGGAGACCAGCUCCUCUCCCAUUCUAAGACCGACAUGUAUGCCUGGGUUCUGCAGUCGGGCUGCCGCUGUGUAGAAGUGGACUGUUGGGAUGGCCCUGAUGGAGAGCCGAUGGUCCAACACGGCUACACUCUGACCUCCAAGAUACCGUUCAAGUCUGUCAUAGGGACCAUCAAUAAAUAUGCCUUCAUAAAUAACCAGUACCCGGUGAUUCUGUCCAUAGAGAACCACUGUAGCAUCCAGCAGCAGAAGAAAAUUGCUCAGUACCUGCGAGACAUCUUUGGAGACAAACUAGAUGUGAGAGAUGCACUGAGCAGAGAUGCAAAAACACUCCCCAGUCCUCAGCGUCUGCAGGGCAAGAUACUCAUCAAAGGGAAGAGUCUGCCUGCCUAUCUGGCUGCGGACGUCGAGGAAGGCGAAGUGUCUGAUGAUGACAGCGCUGAUGAAAUCGAGGAUGACUUCAAGCUUAAGAGCAGUAAUGACAACGGUGAUCACCAGGUGGAAUCUCACAUGAGAAAAAAACUGGACUGUCUACUGAAGGAGUCUCAGAUAGGGGACAAGGAAGAUACAGACAGUUUCAGCAUCCGAGCUCUGCUCAAGGCUACUCACCAGGGUCUUCAGAAGAACCUGCGGCAGAGCUCCAAAGGGGUUCUGAAGAAAUCCCAAAGCAGAUCCUUCAUCACGACGUUAAAGCAGAAGAGGCACUCCAAAUCCAGGCUGUCAUGCCAAAGCAUGGACAAGGAGGAGGACAUUGAGGAGAGGUCUGGGGGGGAGGCCGGAGGACAGUUCAACAGGUGUGGAAGGAAGAGGAAGACAAUGAAACUGAGUAGAGAUCUUUCAAAUCUGGUGGUGUUCACUAACUCUGUUGCCUCCCAGGAGUGCCUGAAUGAAGGUACUCCAGGAGACGUUCUUUCAUUCAGCGAGACCAGAGCCCAGUCUUUGGUCAAUCACAGAGCCGAACAAUUCCUGGCUUUUAACCAGAGGCAGCUGUCACGUAUUUAUCCCUCAGCCUAUCGUAUCGACUCGUCCAAUUUCAACCCCCAGUUCUACUGGAACGCGGGUUGUCAGUUGGUUGCUCUGAACUACCAGACAGAGGGCAGGAUGAUGCAGCUCAAUAGAGCCAAGUUCAUGGUGAAUGGAGGUAUUGGUUACGUCCUCAAGCCCCCUCCCAUGUGUAAAGGCUCCUUCAACCCAUUCAGAGAUGACCCGCUUCCAGCUUAUCCCAAGAAACAACUCAUCCUCAAGAUCAUUAGUGGACAGCAGUUGCCCAAACCACCUGACUCCAUGCUGGGGGACCGUGGAGAGAUUAUUGAUCCAUUCGUCGAAGUGGAGAUCAUCGGCCUACCAGUUGAUUGUUGCAAGGAACAGACACGAGUUGUUGAUGACAACGGUUUUAAUCCAGUAUGGGAGGAGACUCUGUCCUUUACACUUCACAUGGCUGAGGUGGUUUUGGUGCGUUUUCUUGUCUGGGACCAUGACCCAAUUGGAAGAGACUUUAUUGGUCAACGUACUGUUGCCUUCAGCAGCCUGAUGCCAGGUUACAGACAUGUUUACUUGGAGGGGCUAACUGAGGCUUCCAUCUUUGUGCAUGUGUCAGUGCACGAUGUCUAUGGAAAGUGGAGCCCUCUAGUCCUGAACCCCAGCUUUACCAUAAUGCACUUUCUAGGAUCUAACAAGGGUCAUCAGCUGCGAGGUAUCCGGAGUUUGUUUAACCGCUCUUCCAAGUCCUCUGUGGAUACUAACUCCGGUGGCCUUCGGAAACGCUCAAUCAGUGAUCACCUCCUGCGGCGCACAGCCAGCGCCCCAGCAAAGGGUCGGAAGAAGACCAAGAUGGUGCUGUCAGAGUCAGUGGCUUCAAUAUCAGACCAAAAUAAUGGCACAGGUGCAAGAGCAAGAGGAGAGGGCAUGUCAGGGAAAGAAGUAGGUGUGGAGAAAAGUUACGAGUCACGAGGCCCCCUCAUUCACAGACCUAUAUCCAUGCCCUUAGACAGGCUUCUGCAAGGGCAGCUAUCCCUCUGCUCCCCAGACAAGGAACAAAAGGAUAUGGGCUCGGACACGGUCAUCGGAGUUUGCCCCUUCAGAAGACCCAGGUCUUCUUCUUUGGAUCCUUUCAUCGAAUCCUCAUUUUCUAUUGAACCAAACAUCUCUUCCCCUUCUAAGACGUACAUCAAUAGAAAUGAAGACUUGGACCAAUUCGAGAAGGCUUCUUAUCUGGUUAUUGGUGGAGGCAAAGUAAGAAAGGAAGAGGAUUAUGCCAAUUACCAGUUAGAAGACAACAGAGUCAAAUCAAAGACCAUCACCACAGGAGCAGAGAAAAGGUGUUUUUUUUCACCUUCUAGGAACAGCAAGAGAUCGGAUAAACCAGAAACAUCAUCAAACAGCACAAUAUUUACAGUUACAACUUCAAUCUCCUCAUCCUCUGGCCUCUCCUCUUUGCCCCCUCUUUCUCCUAUCAGUCGGGACUGUGAUAUGAAGAGUCCAAGCUCUUUGCAUGACAGUAAUAUCUCCAGACUCAUUGAUGCUGUGUCUUUAGGCAAUGAGCAAGACACUUGUGGCUCUAUUUCCACUCUGAUUGGUCAGUUUGAAAGCUCUGUUGACCAAAGCAAAUCACACAAUUCAUCUCAUGUUCAUAUCCCUUUCCAUCAUUUAAACUACAGGCCUAACACCCCUAUCACACUGCGCGAUUUAAGGCCACCUCUGAAGACCAUCACAGCAUCUACUAACAAGAACUACCCAAAAGUAGCUGAAAAAACAAAUCAUGAAAUCCAAUCACCAUGCAAGACUUCCCAGGCAGGAGCACCUGCUCCAGCUCUUCUCUCCAGCCCAGAAACCGCUGAGCUUGAAGAGGUCUACACCAUCCUGGACGAGGAGGUACUAUCGCCUGUAUCAGUGUACAACCUGAGAAAGCAGACAGUCCAUGUUCAGACUGACACGAGAGAGAGCACGCCUUUCAAUAGCUUGCGGUCCUCUCCAGCCAAGGUGGUCCAGGGUUUAGGGAAAGGGCCCAAUCUGGGCUGGGAUGAAGUGAACAAGAAGAAGGGCGGAAGUGAAGAAAGUGAGGAGACAGAAGAGAGUGUGUACGAGGAAGUGUAUGAUCCACCAGCACUAGCAUCAGUCCCAGGAAGAGAGAAAAGUACUUCUAACAGGAACACAAGCUCCUCUGUCAACAAUAACUGUUUCCAGUUUCUUCAUGACUCAGCAGGAAAUGCUUUUACAGAAGUGGAGUUAAAUGUUGAUGAGGAUCCAUUGGAGAUGAUGAUUACCUCGCCGAAACAUGGAAACCAAUGGGAAGGACCCAUGAAUCCCACCAAACGGCAAGCUAUUUACCAAAAUCACGAGUCCACUCCAAACCACUCCCAACAAAAACAGCCUUUUUCAUACCGUGAUCCUCCACAGCUGUACCCGCCACAUGUAUUUUCACAGCGUCCCACUCCAAUGAAUCAAUCUUUCCAUCAGCUGGCCAAUCACCACCAACACCAGAACAACUCCCAGGCUUUCUCCCUCCACAGACCCGCCAUCUCUCGAUCUUCCAAUCCUAGUCCACUGCGUCAGAACAGCUACCCUGUUCCGCAGAGCAAUUCUGAUGCCUUCAACAAGAGCAAAGACUUCAAGAGUUCCUACACACAACAAAGGAGCUAUAGUGGCAACGGGAUCAUAAACAUGUCCCAACAAGAUAGGCUAGGGUAUAACCAGAUGGAGAUGGAGCAAGGACGGUCCUUCUAUAAUAGUAUCUCCUCUUCUGAAAAAAGCCACCCUGGCCAAUCUUCUGUGUCCACAGACUGCGAUGCAGUGUACAGCCACCUUGACUUUGACUGCAUUACGCCCUCAUCAGAGUCUUCAGCUCCUCGAAAAACCCAGCCACACAGUCAAAGUCAAACACAAUCAUACACGCCGACUCAUUCCUGGAACCAACAUGUUUCCCUCAACACUACAAGACACCAGACACACCCUGAAUCCAGAGAUUCUCUCCGCUCAAACGUAGGCCCUACAAUAACACACACCCAGUUUGGUACCAUAGACCCCACAGCCCCCAGCCCAUGUAAAUCCAAGUCCCUGGGAGACCUGACCUCGGAAGAUAUUUCAUGCAACUUCCAGAGCAAAUACCACAUAAUAAGUCGCAGUUUCAUCACUCCCCAUACGAGGAAGCAAAAUAGGAUUGGCACCAUGGGGGAAGUAACCGUCCAAUCACAGUCUUGUGAUCCACUUACAGAACAGCUACGUAAGCUGGUCAGUCUCGAGGGGGACGACAGUGACAGACCCCAGCCUCCUCAGUUGCGUCAGGAAGCAAAACCCCCACUGCUACAGCCACAGGUAACAAGUGUAGCUUCUGUUGAUUCCAGGGGUGUAGAUGAUUCGCCGCCACUCCUUACACGGCGCCUAUCUUCUCGGAGCCAAAGCCGAGUGCGUCACAUUAACAGCCGCGCUCGUGAAAAACUCCAAGAGGCUCUAAAGCCUCGGGCGGUUGUGGUCAAUAGUUCUGCCAGCCUUGGUGGGGUUGUAUUGAGGAAUAAACCAGCCUCACAAAAUCCACCAGCAAACAGACACUCAACUGGUUCUUACAUCGCAGGCUACCUUGGUCAGCUGGAAGACAGGGGACUUCCUGAAGGAGCUUGUACAUCAUUGCGUUAUGGAAAUGGGGAUCAUUUUGGAGAUCCAUUCUACACAGAUGACUCUCUUCCACCUGUUAACUCCAACCACUAUGGGUCAGAGCCUGAGGUCUACUUUCUGCUCAGACUGUAGCUCUGACAAUAACCUAAAAUGAGAUUGAUGAUCAAGCUGUGAUUCUUGGUGAUGUUCAAUUACACAAUAAGCCAAACGAUGAAGGGCAUAUAUACUAGCAGAUAUACUAGCCAUUGUUUUUUCCCAUGUUCAAAAACCUGUAGGCUCAUGACAGUGAAAUACAUCUUAUUCUGGAGAAAGAUAUCGUCUGCACAAUGUAUGUGAACAUCACAUGUCAUCCAUAUCUGGAUCUGACAGCAUGAAAUUAUUGUAUGAAAUGUCCUCUAUUCAAGUGAAUGGUCUUUCGAGUCUGGCAGUGUAUUGUCUGUAUUCUGCUUCAUGUGUAAAUGUACUUGGGAACUCCGAUUCCCUCCAAAUGGCUUCCUAGACUGAUUGUACAGAUACUUGUUAUCUCUGUCCCUGUGAUGUACUUUCCAAACUGCGAACAUUGACGAUGAAGCAAAAAAAGAAAAUAAUUGGGUUUUAAGCAGAGAGGGAAUGUCUUUCUUUUUAUCAUUUGAAUGUGUCGUAUAAUCCAACAGCUCUUUUAAUAGUCUUCCUUCUCUUUUCAGUGGUAAUCAUUUGUGAUGUGUGUAAAUAUUUAUGUCAUUGUUUUAAAUCUGAGAUGGAUUUUAGUUGAGAACCAAUUCCAACUGAACAUGUUUGUUUGUGCAUGUUACCUGUUUGAACAUGUCAAGCAUGACUAUGCACCAAUUCAUACAAUAGAUGUUGCAUUGGCUCACAACAUUUGCACAGAACAAAUAGCUGGAUUGGAUACAACAGAGGACUAAGGUGUGUUUGUAUUAGGUGCAAUACAGUACAUUAACUUCUUACAUGGACUUGUUGCUCUCUAUGAUUUGUAGAAUUUAAAAACAUGAUUGCAAAUUUGAAAGAUGUGGUGUUUAAAGGUCUUAUUUUUAUAAUUGCUUUGAUACAGACUGUAAAAAAAUUAUUGUGUUAGUUAUGGUUGUUUUAUUUUGUAUAACUACACAGGGUCAGGCUGAGGAGGGGAGGGAGGCAAAGCAGCAGUUAUUUUUUUAUUAUUUUUUAGAGUUUUACGCCAUCCUAUUUUCUUUGUAUUGUUGCUCAUCGGCGAACUCUGAGCAUUUUCCUACCAAUGCAAUAAAAUAUUGAAAUAUUUGAUUUCAACAAA